AUGAUUGAAACUUCCGUUAAUUCUAACGCGCGAUUCACGACGUUGUUUACGCCGUCCAAGACAAGUCCGCACAUGUGGAGCAGCUCGUUCGAUAUAGCCCGAUUCCUGACACAACUCAUACGUGCGACACCAUGUGCACGUCAGAGGAUGCGCCAGCAAAUCGACAGCUAUAAUAGGUUGAUGUUUUUUCUGAGUGGCGUGGUCCACCUUGGUACGGUCAAGCCUCAGCCAUUCCUUCUGUGUGAUUCGACGGCGACUUUUCAAUCUCCAUCACCUACCGUUCCGUGGAGAGAGCCGCCGACAGCUGCCGUUUCUCUUGAUGAUGUAGAUCUUGUUGACCAAUCCACGGCGGCUGCGGCGGUGGAGGCCGUCGAGAAGACGAUGGCCGCCGCCACCGCUACUGCAUGGGACGACGUAUUCGGUCUGGAGGAGCAGCAAAGGCGGCACCUUCAGCGGCUGCACGCGAGGGGUGUCUUGUGGAAGCAUCCCGGGAAAGAGGAAUCCUCCGCGCCGCCGGUCGUUUUCCGCCUCUCGCACGGCGGAGAGGUCUCCUCCGACGGGAACUGCCUCUUCACCGCUUCCCAGAAGGCCAUGGAGGCGCGUGCAAUCGACGCGCGAGACCUACGGCGGCGCACGGUGCGGAGGUUCCUGGAGGAUUUCAGAUCCGCGAGCGACGGGGAGAAGGAGGUUAUCACGGAUGCGAUUAGGCACAUGUACUCGCCGGAUCUGAAGAGCGGGUGGGGGAUUCAUAUCGUCCAGGAAGAGAAGUUGCUCGCCAAAAAAGACGAGCGCGAGAGUCUAGAUUCCGCCAUUGAAGAGCUCAUGCAGAUUGGGAUGCAGAGAGAAACAGCUGCAGAGUCGAUCUACAGAGAGAGGUGUCUACCGGUGAACGAUGGACUUAGUUGGGCCAAGUACAUGUCGAUCUCAGGGUCAUCAGAAGAUGAGCAUGACAUCAUCACUUUGCAGUAUACCGAAGAUGGUUUGUUAUCUGUAGAUGAGAACCGAGAAGGACAUGCUGCUGCUUUUGGGGAUGACAUUGCAAUUGAAUGUCUUGCCACAGAAUUCAAACGAGAAAUCUAUGUGGUGCAAGCGCAUGGAUCAGAUGGGAUGGUGGAGGAAGAGAACUGUGUGUUCUUCCUUCCUCACAAACCAAGAAGUGAAGUCAUCGAAUUCCCAGUGUUUCUAUUCAUGAAAGGGACAGGUUGGUGUGGUGGUGGAGCAGAUCACUACGAGCCAUUGAUCGCGAACCCAUCUCCGAUGAUAUCCCAUGAGAAAGUCGCCCUCGGAGAGGUUAUCGGCCUACGACACGUUUUGAUGAUGGCGUCUUUGUCUUCCUCCGUCACCUCCCGAUCUUAUCGUUCCGGAUGUUGUUGGGCUUCUUUCUCACCGUUUAACGGUAACGGACAUCGAUCACUCUCGUUCCUGUCUGCUUCUCCUCGACGGUUGGAUUCUCAUGAGCUCUGUGUUAGAUUCCAGAGGAAGUCUGGUCGUGCUUCUGUCUUUAUGCAAGAUGGUGCAAUAGUCACCAAUUCAAAUUCAAUAGAGAGUGAAUCUUCUCUUAAGGGAUUGAAAGACGAGGUGUUAUCAGUUCUUAAGGUUGCAGCAGACUCUGAUGGUCAAAAUCAGUCAACUGUUAGUAUCACGGUGGUUGGAGCCUCCGGUGACCUUGCCAAGAAGAAGAUCUUCCCGGCCCUUUUCGCCCUUUACUAUGAAGACUGUCUUCCCGAGCAUUUUACGAUAUUCGGUUAUUCUAGGAGUAAGAUGACAGAUGUUGAGCUUAGAAACAUGGUCAGCAAAACCCUGACCUGCAGGAUUGAUAAGAGGGCAAACUGUGGUGAGAAGAUGGAAGAAUUUCUCAAGAGAUGUUAUUACCAUUCUGGUCAGUAUGAUUCUCAGGAACACUUUACUGAAUUGGACAAGAAGCUCAAGGAGCAUGAGGCUGGAAGAAUCUCGAACCGCCUCUUUUAUUUGUCUAUCCCUCCAAAUAUAUUUGUAGAUGCUGUGAAAUGUGCAAGCUCUUCGGCUUCAUCUGUCAAUGGAUGGACCAGAGUCAUCGUUGAGAAGCCUUUUGGUCGAGACUCUGCAACCUCGGCUGCUUUAACCAAAUCCCUCAAGCAGUAUUUGGAAGAAGAUCAAAUUUUUCGGAUAGACCAUUACCUAGGAAAGGAGCUAGUCGAGAACUUAUCUGUUCUUCGAUUCUCAAACCUUAUAUUCGAGCCGCUAUGGUCAAGACAGUACAUAAGGAACGUGCAGUUGAUAUUUUCUGAGGAUUUCGGCACUGAAGGACGUGGAGGGUACUUUGACCACUACGGGAUAAUAAGAGAUAUAAUGCAGAACCAUCUGCUUCAAAUCUUAGCACUCUUUGCCAUGGAAACACCUGUUAGUUUGGAUGCAGAGGAUAUCAGAAAUGAAAAGGUUAAGGUGCUACGUUCGAUGAGGCCAGUUCAAGUUGAAGAUGUGGUAAUAGGACAGUACAAGAGCCACACAAAGGGAGGAGUCACAUAUCCUGGCUACACCGACGAUAAAACUGUGCCGAAGAUAGCCUGACUCCGACAUUUGCAGCUGCUGCUCUUUUCAUCGACAAUGCAAGAUGGGAUGGUGUGCCUUUUCUAAUGAAAGCUGGCAAAGCACUACACACCAGGAGGGCAGAGAUAAGGGUGCAGUUCAGGCAUGUACCGGGGAAUUUGUAUAACCGGAACACUGGUUGUGAUCUUGAUCGAGCUACAAAUGAGCUAGUGAUCCGUGUCCAGCCGGAUGAAGCCAUAUAUUUGAAAAUAAACAACAAGGUCCCUGGUUUAGGAAUGAGAUUGGAUCGCAGUAACUUGAAUCUUCUAUAUUCCGCAAGGUAUUCAAAGGAGAUACCAGAUGCAUAUGAGAGGCUUCUGCUGGAUGCGAUAGAAGGAGAAAGGAGGUUGUUCAUAAGAAGUGACGAGCUUGAUGCAGCUUGGUCACUAUUCACCCCAUUGCUUAAAGAGAUUGAAGAGAAGAAGCGAAUCCCUGAGUACUAUCCUUAUGGGAGUCGUGGUCCAGUCGGUGCUCAUUACCUAGCUGCUAAGCACAAGGUCCAGUGGGGUGACGUCAGCCUUGACCAGUAAACCCACUUUUGGAAAUGAGUUUGAGUGAAUCAAAGAUUUGUUUGUGUUGUCAUAUAGUUUUAUGUAGGAAUCAAAGCUUUUUCUACGUCUCUUUUUACAGCUUUGCCUCUGAAGAAUUGGGCAUUUGGUUCUGUACCAUUAAUAAAAUAAAUAAAAAUCAAAAAGGUUUCUAUGAAUA